GCCGGUCUGGACGCCGUGACGAGGACGGUAGGGCUGUAUCUGCGUCCUGGGCCGCGACGGGAACGGUCGCUGGCGGCGGCGGCGGGCCCGGGCGGCCUGGCCCGCGCCCUCGGCCUCCCCGCGCGGCCCGCUCCCCGCGCCCUCCCCGGCUCUGGCCUCGAACGGGCCCGAGUUCCCGGGAUCGCCUCUUCGGUCACUGUUGCACCCAGAAAAACAAUCGUGAGGGCCCCCCUUCGGCCGCCGUCGUGCGGCCCGGAGCGCAAGGCGUGGCCGGCCUCCCAGGGCCGAGUCCGGCUGCGGGGAGGCCUCGCCCUGGGCCCCUCGGGGUUCGGGCUCCCUGCUCCCCGCGGGUCGUCAGCCGGAACUUUAUCACUGGGGGAUUUCUGUCGGGCUCCUCGAAAUACGUAAUGUCCCACCCAGGAAGUUUCAUGGCGCGUUAGAGCACAGCCCUGACUUAUUUUGGCGCAACCCCAGUGUCGUUUAUGUUUUGUUUUGUUUUGUUUUUUUCAUGAGUCGCCCGUGGAAGAAUUCAUUGGUGUUCACACUGCUUAAAAAAUUCGCUUUAACCUAAGAUGUGAGAGCUUAAUUUAUGGGACGUCUUUGAAAAUAAAGCGAAAUUGCCACUUCUCUGCCACAUUGUGUAGAAUUGUCUUUUAUGUUCUGACCCUUUCUUGGGGGAAAAUAAUAUUGACAAGACGUUGAGUGGAGGAUAAGACAAGACAUGGAUGGGUGUGUGUGUUGCCAGAGGGUUGUGAAUUCGUCCAAGACUCUCGAACAGAGUACUCCAGAUGAGGUCAUCGUUGCCAUCUGAUUUUGGCCUGCUCUUGAGGUUCACAGAUGAUACUUUUGAUCCUGAACUUGCAGCAACAAUAGGUGUUGACUUUAAGGUGAAAACAAUUUCAGUGGAUGGAAAUAAGGCUAAACUUGCAAUAUGGGAUACUGCUGGUCAAGAGCGGUUCAGAACAUUAACUCCCAGCUAUUAUAGAGGUGCACAAGGUGUUAUAUUAGUUUAUGAUGUCACAAGAAGGGACACCUUUCUUAAACUCGAUAAUUGGUUAAAUGAAUUGGAAACAUACUGCACAAGAAAUGACAUAGUAAACAUGCUAGUUGGAAAUAAAAUUGAUAAGGAAAAUCGUGAAGUUGAUAGAAACGAAGGACUGAAAUUUGCACGAAAGCAUUCCAUGUUAUUCAUAGAGGCAAGUGCAAAAACCUGUGAUGGUGUCCAGUGUGCCUUUGAGGAACUUGUUGAAAAGAUCAUUCAGACCCCUGGACUUUGGGAAAGUGAGAAUCAGAAUAAAGGAGUAAAACUGUCACACAGGGAAGAAGGCCAAGGGGGAGGCGCCUGUGGUGGCUAUUGUUCUGUGUUAUAAACUCUGGGAAUUCCGUCUCUUGCAUAUUUGAUCAGAUAGUGACAUCUUUCUGUAUAUAAACUCCUAACUGCUAUUUUAGGGACCUUGCAGUUUGCACAUAUUUGUUUUGCAUCAUGGCAGUAAAUAUUUGCAAGAAAUCCCACUCACCGGCUUUCCCAGGUAAAAUGUUAUGGUAAGCAUGCACAAUUUGCAGUCUACAGUUUUUUAUGUAACAUAAAAUAGGUGUACCUUUCUAAGUUACAUUUGAUUUUAUGAAUUACAUUUAUCAUGUAAUUUUAAAAUCUAUCCAUCCAGUAUAUGUUGAUACAAGGUCUGCUUUUGGUCUCCUCUUUGCUUAAAUCCUCCUAUCAAUUACUGAAUUACUUGGUACAUAGAGUUCCUGGAAACACUGGGAGGUGUACAUGUAUUAUCAAACUGGUAUAUUUCUUAAGGAAUAACAAAGAGCAUGAUUCCACAGCUUUUCUAGGAUGUGCACUGGCAGAUUCUCUUUUAGUACUACACAUAAUUCUCGUGACAGAAUGUAGCCCAGGCCACUUAUAAUUAAAUCUCUUUUUGUUUUGAUGAUGUUUCUAAACUAGCAUUGAUACUUUAAAAAUUAAAGUUUGGCCUUACUUUUUAAUUUACUUCAAUGAGUAACUCAGUUGCUUACCAUUAAUUCUGUGCUACCUACGUUGGAUGAGAAGCCCCUUUGCACAGCCUGUUGGGUUAUGUGGUGCUUGGCAGAAAGGCAGUAAGAUUUUCCCUCAUCUUGGUUUCACAAGGAUGUGAAUAGUGUGUUUAUUGUAGCUCAUAUAGUACCACUUUCCAAACCAACCCUUUUUUUCAUAAAUGUUGGUAGUGUUCGUCCAAGAACCUCAAUUGUAGCUUGUUUAAUGUUUAUGAAGGCCUGUAUCUUAUGACUUUGUAAAUGGCUAGUUACUAUUCAAAAACCUGUUUCUGUGUUUCGAGGGGUGGGGUAGAAACACUAAGUGACAAUUUGAGAAAGGCAUAUUGCUUCCAGAUUCUGAUAAGUGUGGGAAAAUACUGUUGAAAUGAAAAUCUUGAUCAUUUACUGUAACAAGUAACCAAUAGUUUAUCAAAACCAACUUGUACAGACUAAUAAAUCUUUUCCACAGUAUUCAAUUUACUAACCCCUUGCUAUUGUGCAUUGUUUUUUUCAAUUGUGCUAUUUAAUUUAUCUUGAUCCCAGAUAUUUUAAGUUCCCAAAUCAGUAGUUUGUUCUUUAAGGUUGGACAUUAUGAUAACCCUCAGUAAAAGUCUAUAUAAGUCAUGACGGAUAAGCAUUUUUGUGGGUCACUUUUGCAGUAAGUGUGUUAAUGCAUUUCAGGUUGGAUUCUUUCUGCAGUGUACAGCUUCACAGAUGAAAACCUCACAGUCUCCUUGGCUUUCACUUGUUAAGACUACAUUGCAUGUGUUAAAGGUUUUAUACAUUCUGUAUGUUCAUACAAAAUAUAAAACAUUUACUACUAUAAUGUUGGAAAAAGGUAGCUAGCAGGUGUACUUACAGUUUGUUCAUGUUAUGUUAAAACUUUAGUUUUUGUGUAUUUAUGUGGCAUCUGUAUUGGUGAGACUUUUCUGUUUAUUAUUUUUUGCUCCUUGAGCUAUUAAUAGUCUUUCUGUGCAUUGGAUUGUCUUGAUUUGGUCAGAAUUUGGAUACAUGUGCGUUCCUUCAAUAUGACUUUUAAAAACUAAUUUUGUUUGAUGGAUUUAUAUUGUAACCUUUUAUAGUGUUUGAAUAAAUAUAAUAGCCUACUUUCCCUAGAGGCAUUUGUGCAGAAAGUAUUAUAUGCAUCCCUCUUACUCUCAGCAGGUGAGGAACAUCUGAAUAUAGUGUUAUUUAAAUUCUAUUGUGUGUUCAUUUUAAUGUUUUGUGCAAGAUUAUUGCGUCAUAGUGGAGGCUUCGUAAGUGAGGUCAUUGUAAUAUCUAAAAUCAGUCACUAAAUGGCUUUUCAGAAUCAUUUGACGUAGUCUUAUUAAAGUGCCUUUUGCAGAAGGUACAAAAUAGAACAAUUAGAAUAUAGUAUUUGGAGUUCUAGGAAUACUGACAUAGCCCUAAACAAAUAACAAAUAACUGUUCGAUUUAUAUGAAUAGUUAACAUUAUCACUGAAAGCUUCCUUGGUGCCAGGUGCUGCUCCAAAUGCAGUAUUCUCAUUAAACCUCACAGCAACCUAACAAGAUUGGUACUCUUACCACUCCCAUUUUAAGGAUGAGGAUCCUGAAGCAGAGGUAUGUUAGGUAACUUCCCAGAGAUCACAUGGCCAGUCAGCAUGGAGCUGGAUUCCAGUCAGGGCAUCUCUCCUCCCAAGCCGUACUCUCCACCACUGCUCUGUUUCCCAGGGCUCAGUACUAACUUUCUGUUGUAUCACAGCAAGGUUAAGGUAGUUCCUGUUUCUUUAUGACUCUCUCUUGUUGUAUGUAAUAGAGGUAUUUCAGAUUUCUUGGUUAUAAAGUAAAUCCCACUGACGUAAACCAACUACAGAAGUCAUUUGAUCUAAAAAUUAAGGUAGUGGAGUAGAUGGUCUCUUAGUUCUUUUGCCUUCUCAGGGUGGAAUGCAUAUCCCUGUCUUAGAUACGUACAAAGUCAGGAUUAAUGGCUUCCUAAUUUCCUGUUAGUAAUGGGAUACGAGAAAAGACAUUUAGUCUGGGAACAAUUUUUUACUCGAAAUUGAAAUCUGGGGGAUGUUUUCCUUUCAAGUACUAAAUUAUACUUAACACUUGCUAUAGAGCUUCUCACUGAGUGCAUUGGAAUUGGACUUAAUCUUGAUUCAUUGUAGUUUGCACAUUCAAGAAGUAUGCUUGAUUCUGUAUGAAGUGAGGUGCUGGUCCCAUCGUUCUUAAGAGAAUUCUUCUUACACCUGAGCUUAUCCUGCCUGUGGGAUAGCACAGAAUUAUCUUAUAUCCACUGUAUCUUUAAAUACAGUUUAUUAUAUAGACUUUGUAUAACAGAUAUUCAGGAUUAUAGAUUUAUCUAGGUAUCUCUCCUCCACACCCAUCCCCAAAAUGGGAACAUCCAUCAGGUUGGAAAAGUUAGUCAACUUUUGUUACAUUAUGGGGCUUUACAUUUUACUAUUUUGUUGCUAGCUUACUGUUACAUAUUUAGCAAUCAGUAAUAUUUCUGAUUAUAAAAGUGAUAUAAAGUUUGCUUAAAUACUUCUUGGUUCAUACACACACACAUAUUUCCAGUAGUCAUGUGAGCACCUGUUUUCACCCUUGCCCCUCACCAUCUUACACACACACCAAGAAAGGUUCUGUCUUUUUCUUUCUUUUCCAACCUGAUAAGCAACACAUUAUGUACUUUUAUUUGCAUUUCUUUGAUUACCAGUGAGAUUGAGCACUUUAAAUAUGAUGACUAGUUAUUUGUAAUACUUGCCCUAUUUCUUUGGAUACCGCCCCUCCCCCAUCGCCACACAGGCCAUUUGUGGGAGAUUGUUGCACCCUGCUCUACGAUUGGCCCAGUGCUGGCCUCAUGCAUAGUUCUGUGGGAGUGCCGGCCCAGAUCAGGCUGCUGAGAUAAAGGAUGUCUGCAGAGGCUUCCUCAGGAGUUACCAAAGAAGACACAGCCUUGAAGACAGUAUGGUGUAAGGAUUCAGGUUCUGAACUUGCUGCAGCUUAUUUAUCUAGCAUAAAGGAGCUGUCCUAAUGGCAGUACCAAGAAAGUGAGAAAGGAACCUAAGCUGGAGUCUGAUACAGUCCGGAGCCUCUGGAUCCAGAUUGGAAUUCAGCUCUGUUUCUGGACUGUUAGGUACGUGAGCCAAUAAAUUCCUUUUUUGUUUAA